AUGAACGUGAGCCGGCCGGCGGUGCACCCGGUGGAAGCGCCGCCGCUGACGGAUGGCGACGCCCAGAUUCUGCAGAGGGUGAGGAUGAAGGACAUCCAGGGCAUGCCGGGGACCCCCGGGGGGCUUGCCCUGCGGCUGCUACAGUUGGCGUUCGCGAUAGCAGCGCUCGUCGUCAUGAUCUCCACCAGCGACUUCACCUCCGUCACAGCUUUCUGGUAAUUUGGUCUCCUGACCUUCUGGAUUUGGUGAGACGCCGAGGUUUUACGCUUAGCGGAUGCGAAUCUGAGAAUUUGCGGAUGAACAAAAAUCAGAUGAUCGAUCCCCCUAGUCCACCUCGCCAGUUCAUGGUGCUGGACUCAAUUCAGACGCCUCGCAUCUUAAAUUCUAGGUUUCCUCCCUACCAUUUCCAUUAGAUUGGCUCCCGAUGAACCCUCUUCCGACGGCCCGCCAAAUUUUCCUAUGAUCGAAAUAUAUAGGAGGCUGGAUGUGGAAGAUUGAGAGAAGUAUACUGUUCUUAAAUCCAAGGCUCAGGGUGUUAGCAUGAAAAAACACCGUGCAAGAUUAAGAAGGUUUUCAAGUUGGAGGCGAAGCGAUCGUUUGCUCUCGUCUUUCUCCGUGACGAUUACCUACUCCUCUCUUAUGAAUAAUCGUCCCCCAUGUUUUCUUUCGGCCUGUACUGUACUUUCUAGGGUUUCCUGCUCCAGAGGGAGCUUCGGCAAAGCUAAUCUGGGUGGCGAUCCAUAUUCUCUCUCUCUUUCAGCUAUCUUGUGGCAGCCACCAUUCUGCAGGGCACAUGGAGUCUCUUGCUGGCCGGCGUGGACAUCUACGCCAUCCUAGUGAGACGAAGCCUGCGGAACCAUUUCGUCGUCUGCUUCUUCACCGUUGGCGACGGGGUGAGGAACUGUCCACGACUCUCGAGAUGAUUUUUACUCUGUUCCACCGGGAUCGAUCUUCAUGAUCCGCCGAGGUACGUAGAUAGAACUAAAGCAGCCGAGCCCCCCGCAUGUUGCAGAUCACGGCAAUCCUCACUUUCGCCGCCGCCAGCGCGUCGGCGGGCAUCACCGUCCUCAUCGGGAACGACCUCAACCGGUGCGCCGAGAACAACUGCGCGAGCUUCGAGACCGCGACGGCGAUGGCCUUCCUGAGCUGGUUCGCCGUCUCGCCCUCCUUCCUCUUCAACUUCUGGACCAUGGCGUCGAGACGUGGCUGA